CCUUUACUGAUCUUCCUUCGUCCAUUCAUGGCUGGAAGAGUAAAUUUGUCUUUGUGUCUUUGGGUGAGGGUGGUACGGAGUUUCCCUCCGUCGGCCAUGAUGGUAGAUUCAACCUUCAUGAUGUGCCGAAGAGCAGCAUCUUGGAUGCCCAGGUGGCGGCAUUUCUGAAAGGAGGGCCGAGGAGAGUGAAAGAGUACAUAACGGAGUAUAAGAUGACCGCCCUCGGCUUCUUCAGGUACUUCGUUUAUGGUGACAAGGAGAGUGACACCGCGAUGUGGCCGAGGAUGACCACCACUUUUGAGGAGGCCGAUGGCCCGGAUUUGGGUGUGCCCACUGAUGCUGAUGACUUCGUUAUGGAUCGCAGAUCCGUCAUGGCCCUUGCAAAAGCGAAAGCAAAGGAGG